AUGAAAAUUCGAAUAGGACAGUCCGGGAGAUCUGGAAAAGGCAUUAUCUACACCUGGUCUGCAGGAAAUGGGGGAACGAAUGAUAAUUGCAAUGCUGACGGGUUCACUAACAGUAUAUACACAAUAGGAGUUACUGCUCUUGGAAUUGGAAAAGAGGCCGACUACGCAGAAGUGUGUGCUGCUUCACUUGCGACAGUAUAUGGUGGUAUCACCGAUUCUUACUUGAUGACAACUUCAACAUUAAGUAGAUGUUCAGAUGAUGGUAUCGAAGGGACUUCAUAUUCAACGCCAAUAGUUGCUGGAAUCAUAGCUUUAGCUCUGCAGGCCAAGUAUGAAAUCGAGAUUUGACUUGGAGAGAUGUACAGCAUUUAAUUGUAUAUUCAUCAUCACGAACCAAUUUAACAGAUACUUAUGAUGGUUGGCAGACAAAUGGUGCUGGAAAAGAAG